AUGGAGCAACUAACACAAUUCAACAUAGUUAAGUCGAUGAAGAAAGUGCAAUCUGCAUAUUUGUACUCUUUCUUCUUACUGUCAUCUUCAUUAGCUUUACUAAUCUUACACUUGAGUAGUGUAUCAAUAGUUUCUGUUCUUAAAUUCAACAUUGACAGGAACCAUGUGUUCCUUAUCUGUAAUGGGAUUUUGGUAAUCCUUGUUAAAAGCUCUUCUUCGUUGUCAUCUCAAGACAACACCCCUGAUUACAGUAGUAGUAGUAGCAGUAGCAGUAAUGUAGUUCAAAGUAAUGAUCAGUGUUUGCCAAGACCAGUUGUGCUAGUUGAUCAGAGAAAACUACAGGAGGAGCUUUCUACAGUAAGUUCAGAACAGAAGGCUACUACUGAUGUAAAAGUAGCACGAUUUUCUACUGUUGAGGAGACUGUUAUAAGUGAAGAACUUCAUGUUCAUUAUCAGACGACAGUAGUGGUCUCAGACUGUGAAGUUGUUCACACUAGUCAUGAGCAUGAGCAUGAGCAUGAGCAUGAUGAUGGUAAGGAUGAUCAUGAUGAGGUUGUCGGCGACGACGAUGACAAUGACGAUGAGGGGGCAGAGGAAUUGAACAAGAGGUGUGAGGAGUUUAUUAGGAGGAUGAAGCAGGGGAUUAUUUCUGAAAGAAAAAAAGAUCUGGGUUUGCCUAGAUUUUCUUAG